AUGAAUAACACAGUAUGGUAUAUUACAGGUGUCACUAGUGGAGUUGGAUUAGGUUUAGCAACGGUUUUACUCGAUAGUGGAUACAAGGUUGCAGGAACAUCUAGAGAUUUAAAUAAACUUGCUCUUAUAAAAAAUUUAGUUACCCAUCCAAAUUUCUUACCAUUACAAGUAGAUAUUACAAAUGUUGAUAAUGUAAAUGAAUCUAUAGAAAAAACUAUCGACUAUUUUGGAACUUUGACUACUGUUGUAAAUAAUAGUGGUAUGGUUAAAAUGGGUUCAAUUGAAGAGGUUUCAAAUGAAGACUACAAAGAAAUGUUCGAUUGCAUGUACUAUGGACCAUUAAAUGUAAUCAAAGCAGCACUACCAUAUUUUAGAAAAAUGAAAUAUGGAUAUAUUUUCAAUAUUGGCUCGGUGGGAGGUAUUAAACCUAUUCCUUUUUACGGUUCCUAUGGCAGUGUUAAAAGUGCUUUAAGCGGUUUAACAGAAUCUUUACAUUAUGAGGUUAAAAAAUUUAAUAUUAAGGUAUCAUAUGUUGUAUUGGGUUCCAUUGAAUCAUCAAUUUGCAAAAACUCAAAUAUUUAUUCAAACCAGAUUGAUGAAUAUGAUACAUUAAAUGAAAUUUCGCAAUGUGUAUUAUCAAAAUACCCAAAUAAAAGUCCAUUGAAAUUAGCAGAAAUAAUAAUUAGAUAUGGAAACCAAGAUGAAAUCCCAUUUAAUAUAAUAGUGGGCCAAAAAGAAUUAAUGAUAGAUAUAGUUCAUAAAAAAAUUAAUGAAAUUGAAUCGCAAUAUGAUUCCCAAAUUAAUAAUGGUUUAAAUGCUCUUUAA